CGCACGACGGACUAAGCGAAAGUGGGACUACUCGUAGUCUACCAUGCCCGAAAGGAGUGAGAUGUUUAUGUUCUCCGGUUUAUCGCUGUCGCGUCGAUAAAACGGUGAAAAACUAACAAGGUUUAAAAUAUCACCCGAGACUUUGGUGAGACAUUCGCUGGCGAAUUUUUUGUCGAAGAAUUAGAAAGACAGAGUCGCUAUUAUGUUGUCCAACUUCAGAAUACCCGGCCACGAUUGCGUGGCAUUAAUCUCCUGCUCCAGUAGUCCUGCAGUCAUGACAUUAAUCAUUAAAGUAUAUAAAAAAAGAAUAUUAAAUGGGUAUAAACCUAGUGCUUCCGCAGUCCCGCGGUCCCGUGUUUCCUUAUGCAAAUAUUUAUCGAUUGCGGGACUGCGGGAGCAGAAUAUCAAUGUCUGAGUUUACGGGGUCUGGGUUUUCGGGGUCUGAGGUCGAGCUGAGGUCUGAGUUUUCGGGGUCUGAGUUUUCGUGACACCCGUAACCAAUGCCGACUAAUCGUGGACGACAUCGUGGACGUGUCGACUGGAGUGCGCUGCCGUAUUCAUCUGAGCCCGCGAUUAAACACAACAUCCGUUUGCAGAAGCUGUUUGCCAAGGCCAAGAUGGCGGACUACAAAGCUGUUUUUUUCGCUGGUUUGAAGUAAAUAUAAAAAUUGUGGGACUGUUUUCGAUAUGGAUUUCGAUUCACCUACACUGGUUUACAAUGAAGAGGAGUACGGCCGAACGCCAACAAAUCAAAAAGCCAUAUUUAUCUAUGAAUGGCUUAGGAAUCUCGAAGAUAACAUUACCGCUGUCAAAAAGACAGAAGUUAAGAACUCCCAAGAGAAACUUGAGGAACAACUUUCAAAACAUUUAACUGAAAUCCUUGGUCCACCAACAAGGCAGCUGCUUGCAAAAUGUUAUGCACUGCUGUACAGUAUUGGAAGCACCAGGACAUUAUAUGAAACAGUCAACAAGUGCAGUGAUAUCAUUAGGUCCAAGGAUGAGUCACAGUCUUACCUUCCAGUCAAACUAACUGCAGUGACUUGCAUAGGUGCCAUUUAUGACAGGCUGGGAAGAAUGGCUGGUGGAUCAUAUCAGGAGACUGUACAAACUCUGAUCAAAGCCAUGAAAAAUGCAGAGUCUCAAGGACGCUGUGAAAUCAUGCUGAGUCUGGAACGGGUUUUGCGUGGCCUUGGAAGUAAUGGAGCAGUAUUACACAGGGAUAUCUAUAAAGCUGUCCGUGGAGCUCUAACAGACAGAAGUAUGUCUGUUAGAUGUGCAGCCGCAAAGUGUGCUCUGGAGUUGAUGAAGCAUGCCAACUUCCUGUAUACUUCUGAACUGGAAGGUGUGAUGUCAACAUGCUUUAAAGCCUUGGAGAGUUCAAACUAUGAUGUACGUGUAUGUGUUGCUCAGCUUAUUGGUACAUUAAUGGCUAUGACACAACAGAUUCCUUCAGCCACAGUGGCAGCUGGCAAGAAUAAAAAGACUUGCAGUCUUGAAGAAGUUUUUUCUUACAUGUCAGGAGGAUUUCUUCGUGGAGGAAUUGGAUUCUUGAAGGGGAGUGGUGGAGAACUGCUCAAGAGCAUAGCUCCACGUGAAGUGAGAGUAGGAGUUACACAGGCUUAUGUGAUCUUUUUUACUGAGAUGGGUGGAGUCUGGGUGCAGAGAAACAUCAGCCUCAUUUUGAAACAUGUUCUUGAGCUUCUAUCAAGCUCCAAGGCAACUCAGACUCAUGUUGAUGCUGUGUACUCCAGGCGUUGCAUUUCAUUUAUUCUGCGUGCUGUGUUGGGAAGGCUUCUUGGUGAACCAGCUCAGCUAGAUGCUGCAAAAGAACUGUGCAGCUUGCUGACUAACCAGAUGAACAUGGUCACUGAUGCAGUGCAUAGUGCAGCCGACAGCAGUAACUCAGCUGGUGUUAUUCAGAGCAUGGAUGAUGUGAUUAGCACACAACAUGUUCUUGUAUGUGCUUUGCAAGAGCUGGGAUGUUUAGUGCAAGGGCUUAGUACCACAGCAAUGUCCCUCAUUCAAGAGAAUCUAUUAGAUCAUGUGUUAUCUGUUCUGCUUCAUCCAGCACCUGCUGCUCAGUUAUUAGCCGCCUGGUGUCUCAAAUGUAUCACAGUUGCUGUUCCAUCACAAGCAACACCACUGAUUGACAGGUGUAUCAAUCGCAUCAGUUCUCUCAAGUCAUCUGGUGAAGCUGUUGGUGGAUAUGCUCAUACGUUGGCUGCUCUUGUUGGAGGAGUUCAUCAGUGUCCACUUGGCAUACCACAUGCCAAAGGAAAGGCUGUGUUUAGUGUGGCAGAUGAACUCCUGAAGACAGCUACUCAGAAUCCCAGGCUUGCUUUACACAAAGCUAAAGCUGGCUGGAUCCUGUUAGGAGCCUUAAUGACAUUAGGACCAUCAGUUGUCAGACAUCAUUUGCCACAGAUGCUUGCCUUGUGGACAAAUGCAUUUCCUAAAACAGUGAAGGAGUUUGAACAGGAGAAGAGCAGAGGUGAUGCAUACACUUGGCAUGUGACACUGGAAUGCCGUGCUGGAGCUUUGUGCUCAAUGGCAAGUUUUUGUGCAAAUUGUUCUACUCUUCUCAAUGAUGACCUCACUCGUCGCCUCCUGGUUACUACAGAUGCAUGUCUAGCGAUGCUUCCAAGUAUGCCUCAGAUCAUCAAGCAACAUGGGAAUCACUUGAAAGCCAGUGCAGCUAUUAUGAGGUUAAGAUUGUACUCAGUUCUUAGUCUUCUCCCGCCAAAGGUGUAUGAAGGAAGCUUUCAUUCCCUAUUACGUGUGCUGGUUGCAGAGUUCACUUUGGCAGAAAACCCAGCUAUGACAACUACAUCUUUGCUGCGAACUGUCUGUCAUAAAGAUGAUUCUAUCCUUCUUGGUUCCUGGCUUCAGGAAACAGACCACAAAUUUGUUGAGGAGCAGCUGCAAACCAACAGUGCAUCAGGUUCAGGAUCUCUUGAGCAUGAUCCAUCGUGUAUAUUUGAACAAUGUCCUGAGGGAGAAGAUGUUCCUGGUCCAUUGCCAUUAGGAGUGGCUGUUAUUGAUGAAUCUAUUAAAUUGUUUGGAACUGUGUUUCCAUUUGUGGCUCAAAAACAUCGCAGCCAGUUAUUAGCUCAUUUUGCUGAGUGCAUACGGCAGGCAAAGUCUUCAAGACAACAAGCUAUACAAACAAACAUAUUGACAGCCUUUCUUUUCUCUCUGAAGGGUAUUGCAGAGUCAAAAACUGGUGUUGGUGAUGAGGAUGUUAGGAACACUGCUGUUAAUUUAGUUAUGGAUGCUGUAACAAAUCCUGACCCCAUUGUUCGGUGUGCUGCUGGUGAAGCUUUAGGACGUAUUGCACAGGCUGUAGGAAGCCCUGUUUUGACAUCAAAUAUUACUCAGAAGAUCUUUGAUCAGCUGAAAGCAGCAAGGGAUGCUUUGUCUAGGACUGGCUACUCUGUAGCUCUAGGUUGUAUUCAUCGUUAUGUGGGUGGGAUGGCAUCAGGGCAUCACUUGAACAGUAGUGUCAGUAUACUUCUUGCCUUAGCCAAGGACAAUUCCUCCUCGUUAGUACAGGUAUGGGCAUUACAUGCCUUAGCUCUCAUUGCUGAUUGUGGUGGGCCAAUGUUUAGAAGCUAUGUGAAUCCAACUUUAGAACAGGUUGUCAAUCUUGUGCUGACUGUUCCUUCUGCUAUAACUGAAGUUCACCAAUGUCUUGGAAAGUGCUUAGCAGCUCUUAUAACUUCCAUUGGACCUGAACUGCAAGGAACAUCAAAGUCCAUUAGAGAUCUCCGCCUGUCAUGUGUAGUGUCCUGUGCCAUUAUGCAAAACCAUCCAGAUUCAUUAGUACAGGCAGAAGCAAUCAACUGCCUUCAACAGCUUCAUGUGUUUGCUCCCAGUCACAUCAACUUGGGAACUGUUGUUCGUAAACUGUGUGUUAACCUUUCAAGUCCUCACUUGUUGUUGCGACGGGCCACAGUUGCUUGUCUCCGUCAGCUGUCUCAGCGAGAGGCUAAGGAAGUUUGUGAACAUGCAUCUGCUGCUGGGGAAGAACUAAAUAAAUGGCAGCAGUCCAGUUAUGCUGUUGUCAUAGGAGACAAAGGCUUGGAAGGUGCAUUAUUUGGUAUGUUGGACACAGAAACAGACACUCGCAUGAGAUCGGAUAUUCAUGACACAUUGAACAGCAUGUUGCAGACUCUUGCAUCUCAUAAUCUGACACACUGGUUGGGUUUGUGCAGGGAUGUGCUAUCUGCAUCUAAAAGCAGCAAAGGAGGAAAGGGUGGAGAUGUUCAGAACAGAGAGGAAGAGGAAGUAGAGGCUGAUGAGGCAGGUGAAGGUGAAGCUGAUGAAGGUGGAGGCAUGACAGCGGGAGAAGCUCCUGAGGAAACACACCCUACAGUGGAUCCACGCUGGCCAACCAGAGUGUUUGCUACUGAGUGUAUCAAGAAGAUUAUUAUGGUCUGUCAAUCAAGAGAUGCUCACUUUGAUUUAGCCCAGGCACGUACAACCAGACAGGAGACGGGAGAAGAUUUUCUCGUCAUGCAUCUUCAAGAGCUGGUCAGAAUGGUAUUCAUUGCAGCUACAGCAAUAUGUGAUCAAUUGAAGCUGGCAGGACUGAGCACUUUACAGGAUGUUGUCAAUGUGUUUGCUUCAGUUUUGGACCCUGAUUAUCCAGGUCAUGUUAUACUGGAACAGUUUCAAGCUCAGGUUGGUGCUGCCCUGCGACCAGCAUUUGCAUCUGAUAUGCCAUCUGAUGUUACUGCCAUGGCAUGUGAGGUCUGUAGUGCAUGGAUUGCUAGUGGUAUUGCUAGAGACUUGAAUGAUGUACGACGAAUUCAGCAACUCUUAGUCACUAAACUGUCAAAAGUAGGGCAGGGCAAGGAUUCUUCUCUACAGCUGUACAAUGAGGCAGCUACUACAAUGGAGAAGUUGGCUGUGCUGAAAGCUUGGGCUGAGGUUUAUAUUGUUGCUAUGAAAGAAAGAGACAGCCCCUCUUCAGUUAAUCCCAGUGAAGAUGACUUUUCUGAACCAGCAGGUAGCCUUCUGGAGCUGGUAGAACCUGAGUUGAAAUCUUUAAGUAAAUAUUGGCUUGGAGCACUUAAAGAUCAUGCACUUCUUGCUCUGCCAGCAGAAUAUGCAUCUCAAUUGCCUCCACAAGGGGGCAUGUUUUACAGUCCUGAUUCAAUGGAGCAAGCAAAGCCCCAUUACCAGAGUUGCUGGCCGUCCAUUGUUCAUGCAGCCUCCUUGUGGCUCAAUAAUGGAGGAUUUGAAAGCAUAAAACAUGACAUGCAAGAAGGGUUAUCAAGUGAAUCAUUAGACAUAAACAACAGAGCAAUGGUUACCACCGCCAAGACCCCAACUGAAGUGAACACAGAUUACUUUCAUUUACUUGUUGGAAUUUGUAUGGAAUCCUUGUGUUCUUCCAGAGCAACACAACCUAACAGCACUGUUUCUGCAUGUCUUAAUGCAUUCUUUAGUUUGCUGGAUUCACAGUGGGCAAGAACUCUUAUAGGAAAUGAACAGAUUCUUGGUGUUGAGAUGCUGAGUGUGUUACACCGAGUCCUGCUCACAAGAGACUCCCUUGAUAUCCACCUUGCUGCCAUGAGAGUUGUGAAGCAGAUUGUCAAGGCAGCACAGGAAUCAUUAGAUGGCAAAAAGGCUGCAGUUACAAAUGGUAGCAGUGCAGAUUUAGAUGGGGAAGGAGAGGUUGAUUUGACUCCUGGACAGUCUUUGGUAUUUGGUGUCAUGGAGAUCUGCAUGUGUGUUCUUACAAAACAGCUUCCAAACCUGCUUCCUUCUUCUGCUUCAUCCAGUCAACAGCCUGUUCUUCUGGUGGCCAUUGGUUCUGGAUUUAGAUCAUUAUCUGAGGAGAGCUCCAAACUUAUAUCUGAAGCAGUUUCCAUCCUGCCAUCUGUGCCUUCCUUGUGUACACCAGAAGCUUCUGUUAAUGUGUUACCAAGUGCGUUAUACCUUCUGACUUGUACUUUACGUGAGGUGGCCUCAAUAAGGGAUUCCUCAUCACAGAAACCGGUGUCUGCAGUGUUACAGGCUCUAAAGCAGCUUACCACAUCACCAUUGACACAGCACCAGAAAUGUUCAAAGGAUUGGAUUGACUUGCUGCAAAGUGCAUUGGCCACAGUCCUGUCAGAUGCUAAGGCAAACACAGAAUUUACAACAUUGAGUGCUGCAGCAUCUGAAUCACCCAGUAUGGAUGACUCAGUGGUGAUGCUUGCAUUAGCCAUCUUUAUUCUGUCAGCACCAAAACAAGUAGUGUUGUCAUCUGAUCUUCAGCAACAAUGCAUCAAAGUGUUCACCAGGUGCAUCAGAUCAACAAUACAGGUUCAGCUAAAGGCUUUACAAACACUGGAAUCUGUCUUCCAGUGCAGAGAACGCAGCGUUGCCUUUCCCUUCAUCAAUGCUUUAGCUCCUCACAUUGUGAUGAUUUUGAAUGACAUGUGUGUCAAUAAACCAACCAGUGAGGAUCAGUUGACGGUCACCUUAGAGGCCAUCAAGAUACUGGAGAAUUUAGUGGAACUCACAGAUAAUAAUCUAAGGGUGCAUAUGCUUGGGCUACUAGUUCCAAUCCUGGUAUCUUUACUGUCAGACAGCACUUCCCUGCCUAAAGGAAGCAGAAUAACCAAGAAUCUUCACGAACAGGCUCUUCAGAAACUCAUGAAAAUUGGCCCCAAAUAUCCAGAGCCAUUCAGAACAGUCAUAGGCUCAUCACCAGACUUGAAGUCACAACUAGAAGGUGCAGUCAGGGCCAAUCAGGCAUCUGCCAAGCAGAAGCAGCCUGCUGCACAGCCUAAAGUGGCCCCCACUCAGCCAUCUAUUAAGCUGCGCAUGGACUUCAGUAACUACAAGUAGCACUCUUGUUUGGGUGUGGGGUGAAAUACCUGACCAUUGAAUGACUAUAUAUCAAUGUCACACAAUGAUGCAAUCAAGAAAUCUAAUACCCUCUAUAAAGAAUAUACCAAUGUGGUUCAUUGAAUCACUAACUUGCAAGCAACUUGAUUAAUUAUUAUUUACAAUUGACAUUUCUAUUCUGUCUGAUAAAAAGAACUUACAACCAUCUUAAAGUUGCCAAAUACAAAAUAUUUAACAAAAAUUAUUCAAAAUGAGAUAAGUCUGAAAACACAGAAACUGUUUUUAAGAAAUUACGUUAUCUUUCUUUAUUAUUCCACCAAUAUGUCAAUUUACCUUAUGAGGUCUAGAGAAUGCCUGUAACGCACUGCAGAGGUUUACAACAGAGCAAAUACAAACGGAAAUGGCAGAACAACGAAAUGGUCGAACUGAGCGACCCAAACUUUAACUUGUUUAACUUGUGACAACCUUUUAAGUUUGACUGGAGCAAACUUUUUUGUGAAUGAAAGAAAUUACAUUUUAAUGACCUCAAUUUGUGUAGUUUUCGUCAUUUGCAUCAUCUUUUUUGAACAGUAUGAUUUUUGCAUGAUGCAGGAUGUAUUUCGAAAACUAUAAGCUGAAAUACUAGAAAAUGACACAAUAGUGGAAUAAUAAAUGCUUUAUUUGAUGGUUUAACAUACAAUAUCAGGCUGCGUACAGGUCAUGGAAAACCUGGAAAAUCAUGGAAUGUUAUCAUUUCAUUUUCCAGGCCUGGAAAGUCCUGAAAUUGAGGUGUGGGUCAUGGAAAGACAUUGAAAAGCAAUUAACUUUCUGAGAAUGAACAGGCAAAAAAA